GGAAGGCGGACGUGAGAGGACCCCGCAUGCGCAGUGCCGCCGCUUCGCCUGCAGCUGCUCGGGCGCUUCUUCCGGCCUCCCCAAUCCCUGAUGAGGUUCGAGAGCCGGGCGUCCCCCUCGGCUCCUUAGGCCGAGCCGGGCUGACCCUUGACCCCGGAAGUGAACAAGACCCGGACGCGUUUGACCUGCGGGGCGCGCAGGGGGCCGGGCGUGUUACGGAUUAAUGCUGCCCCCCCGUUUCCCCAGGAGACCCGCGGGAAGUGGAAGCGGACCCUCCUCCCCGCGCCCCCCUCGCCUUUAGCAGCCCAAUCCUGGGAGGGGCCCCCAUGGCCCAGGGGUGGAGGGGCCUCCCCCUCUAGGCAGCCUUGGGGGGCUCUGGUCACCCCUGCUGCCCCCGAGCCCCUUUGGGGGGGCGGCCUCCCCUCCCAGCGGGAUCCCCAGCCCCCGGGUGGCGACCCCUGGCUCCUCGGGGCGCCCCCAUGGCCUGAGGGGCGGGGCUGAAGAGGAGGAGCAGCCAGAAAGGGGGGCAGACCCCAGGGGUAGUGGUGGCCCUUUACAGCCGCCUGCCAGCCCUGCAGGGUCGGCCCCGCCGGCUGGUGAGCCAUUGGCAGCCCAGGAAGGGCCGGUGGGCUCUCCCAGCCGGGACUCGAGAGAGGCAGAGGCGGGUUCUGGAUUCCCCAGCCCUUCCAGAUCAUGGAACUCAAGCUGCCUUAAUGAAGGCCCCUGGGAGCUCCAGCUGGGCAGUGGUGUUCCCUCUGGAGGAGGACGGCGAGGGAGAGGAGGAAGACGACGGAGAGGAGGAAGAAGAGGCGGCCCCACCGUGGAUAUGGGGUCGCAGGUCCUCCAGAUCUUACGCCAGGGCGUCUGGGCUUCGCUGACCGGCGGCUGGUUCUUCGACCCGCAUCAAAGCACUUUCUCCAACUGCUUUCACCUCUACACCUGGAUCUUUCUGCUCGUCCUCCCUUUCCUGCUGUACAUGGUGAUGCCCCCCAGCAUCAUGGUGGCGGGAAUUUACUGCACCGUGGUGGCCGUCUUCUUCACCACGGUCAAAACCGUCAACUACCGUCUCCACACCAUGUUUGACCAAGGGGAGAUAGUGGAAAAAAACUCCAUCCUGGUAGAAUCUGGCAAGGCCGAAGAGAGAGACACUGCGGAGGACGACAAUUUGACCAGGGAUCCCGGAGGAGUUGAGAUGACCGUUUUUCGUAAAGUAAGCUCCACUCCGCCGGUGAGGUGCAGUUCGCAGCAUUCGGUCUUCGGCUUCAACCAAGUCAUGGAUUUGCUGCCCCACUUGGAAGAUGGAGGCCCCAUCCGAGACAUCAAGGAGCUCGUCCGGGAGCAGGGAAGCAACAAUGUCAUCGUGACAGCCGCUGACCGGGACAUGCUUCAAAGCUGCUCCCCAGAGAGUCAAGCCGAACCUCCAGCAGCCUCUGCAGACUCGGAAGGCCCGAAGACCAGCCUGAAAGGGGACCCCCCCUCCAGCCUCAGGAAGCAGCCCCCGUCGCUUCCCCUCCAGACCUCUAUCCAGAGCACCGAUUCCUCCGAACAGUCUCCCCCGGGCAGGGAAGGGGCGCAGGCUCCCCAUUGGACCCCCAGCGAGUCGGAGAGCGUGGGCGACACCCCGCUCAGCCCUCUCCUGAAGGGCAGCUUAAGCGAGGAGCUCAGCCACAGCUUCCUCAGCCUGGCCCUGCCGGAGUCCAGCAGCCACAGCCGGCGGGAGAAGCACCACUCCGGGGCCGAGUACCAGCCGCUGGAGCCUCGGCCCGACGGCCCCCGCCAGGCCGGCUCGUCCGACAGCUGCUUCAGCGGCACCGACAAGGAGACCCCCAGCACCCUGAGCAGCUACCGCAGCGAGAAAACCAACUCCACCCACUUGGACAGCCCUUCCCUGGGGGCCGGCCCCGAAGAGGGGGUCCCUGGAGAGGAGGCCGGGCCCCCCUCGCCUCCCCCGGCCGACGGGGGCAGCGACACGGACGCCCUGUCCGACAGCGAGCUGCUUCGCUCGCCCGAGCUGGCUUUCCUGGGGGAGCUAAGCUUUGACACCCAGAACACGUUUAACUCCCUGGAGACGGUCAAAGGGGACACCGAGGCGUGGGGCGCCCCCAAGCCGGAGCCAGUGGUCCGGCCGAAGGAUUUGGGGCUGAAGAGCCGGCCUCGCCUCUCUCGGAAGCACGGCGGCAGCUACCUGCCCAUGCGCACCCUCCUGGACAGCAAGGCCUACACCGAAGGGUUCUUCGCCGACGAAGACUCCAGCGACUGCAGCGAUCUCAGCCGGGCCUCGAGUCUCCACUCGCAACACAACUACAGCUCGGACAGCUCUUCCAGCACCUCCUGCUACUCCCCCGAGCGCCAUGACCCGGCCCAGCACGGCAGGCACGGGGUCCCCUUGGCCGAGAGCAAGCCCCCGCCUCCCCCGCCUCCGCCGGACAGCUCCGCGCUGCCCCCCAAGCCCUCCCAUUACGCCCAGCGCACCGGGAGCACCACCAGCGCCAAGACCCACGCCCGGGUGCUCAGCAUGGACGGCAGCAGCCAGCUGGCCGAAGGGAAGCCUCCGGGUGCCCUCAACGUCUCCAAGUCGGACUUGGAAGCCCACGCGGGGAAGCUGGCCGGGGAGCAGGAGCUGGGCAGCACCGUGCGCAGCCAGUCGGCCAACCAGCCCGGCUGGCGGGGGGAGCUGCAGGCCGAGGGAGCCAUCGGAGGAGCUGCCGCCGGGGAGGAGCUGCCAAAGUCGGAGCAGUCCAGCAACAUCAAGCGCGUGCAGGCGAUGCGCCGGAGGCACAACGCGGGCAGCAACCCUACCCCUCCGUCCUCCGUCAUGGGGUCCCCCCCGAGUUUGCAGGACCUCCAGCGGGGCCGCACGUCCUCCCACUCCCGGGCGCUCACCCUGCCGUCGGCCCUCCAGUUCGCCAGCUCGCUGCUGCUGCCCCGGGGCGCCAUCCACGAAGCCUGCAACUUUGACGACACGUCGGAUGGAGCGGUCCACUACUUCUACGACGAGAGCGGAGUCCGACGUUCCUACACUUUUGGGCUUGCUGGAGGCGGUUACGAGAAUCCAAUGAGCCAGCAAGCGGGCAUGGAACACGCCACCAACAGCGGCUGGGAGAGACACUCGCAUUCCUCCAGUUUCAACUCCGCAGAAGUUCCCGAAGGGACCCCGGCCCUCUCCCUGCUGCAGCCGCGGCCUGUGGUCCUCCAGGGGAUGCAGGUCCGCCGGGUCCCCCUGGAGAUCCCCGAGUUUGAUCUUCUGGACCAAGAAUCCUUGCACGAAUCCCAGGAAAACACCUUAAUGAUCGAGGACAAGUGUCAGCCUCGACAAUACUACAAAUUUUGGCUUCUUCCCGGGCACUGGAUGCGAGUUCGCUACGACCGGUUGGCGCUGUUGGCUCUUUUGGAUCGGAAUCGUCAAGUAGCCGAGAACGUCUUCGUGGUGUUUUUGGUGACCCUGGUGGCCUUCUUGGGCUAUCUCCUUCUGCUCCAGGGCUUCUUCCGGGACAUCUGGGUCUUCCAGUUCUGCGUGGUCAUCGCCAGCUGCCAGUACUCUCUGCUCAAGAGUGUACAGCCAGAUGCUGCCUCUCCCAUGCAUGGCCACAACUGGAUUAUUGCCUACAGCCGGCCGGUGUACUUCUGCGUGGCUUGCCUCUUGAUUUGGCUGCUGGACCUGUGUGCUCGGAUCGGGCCCUUCCCUCCCGUCGUCCUUUACGACGUCACCCUUUUCUCCACCGACUUCUUCUACUGCACUCGUGACAUGGCUAUUGUGUUCAUUCUUUGCUUCCCAGCCAUUUUCCUCUUUGGGCUUCUCCCGCAAGUGAACACCUGCUUCAUGUACCUUCUGGAACAGGUCGAGAUGAACGUCUUCGGCGGGACAGCUGCCACCAGCCCCCUCACCGCCCUGUUCGCCCUGCUCCGCAGCAUCCUUGUGGCCGGCCUCCUGUACGGGUUCUGCUUGGGAGCCAUCAAGGUUCCGUGGGGUGACCAGCACGUGCCAGUCCUCUUUUCCGUCUUCUGCGGUGUCCUGGUGUCCCUGUCCUAUCAUCUCAGCCGUCAGAGCAGCGACCCUACCAUCCUCUGGUCUCUGAUCCGCACCAAGAUUUUGCCCGAGUUUGAGAACCACAACGUGGACAGCGGUCCGGUUGGCGUGAAGGAUCCCUUGCCGGAGAAACUGCGCAGUUCUCUGCGCGAGAUCCUUCACUCGGACCUCGUCAUGUGCUUCAUCAUCGCGGUGCUGACCUUCGCCAUCAGCGCCAGCACCGUCUUCAUCGCUCUUGAGUCUGUCCUGGGCUAUGUGCUCUACGCCCUGGCAGGGCUGAUCGGUUUUGUCACGCACUACCUCCUGCCCCAACUCCGGAAGCAGCUGCCCUGGUUUUGCCUCUCGCAGCCUGUCCUGAAACCGCGGGAAUACAGCCAGUUCGAAGUCCGCAGCGCUGCUGAGCUGAUGUGGUUUGAGAAACUCUACGCCUGGCUGCAGUGCGUCGAGAAGUACGUCAUCUACCCAGCUGUGGUGCUGAACGCCCUGACGAUCGAUGCCCACUGGGUCAGCAGCCCCCGGCAGGAGAAGCUGUGCAUUCCCUGCCGAGCUCUUCUCCUCACCGUGGCCGGCAUGAAACUUCUGCGGGGUUCCUUCUGUUGCCCCCCACAACAGUAUGUCACCCUCGGCUUCACCGUCCUCUUCUUUCAGUUUGACUACAAAAAAUAUUCGGAGGGUUUCCUCACCGACUACUUCAUCAUGUCGAUUCUCUUUAGCAAGCUGUGGGAUCUUUUGUACAAGCUUCGGUUUGUCCUUACCUACAUCGCCCCCUGGCAGAUCACCUGGGGCUCCGCCUUCCACGCCUUUGCCCAGCCCUUCGCCGUGCCACAUUCAGCCAUGCUUUUCCUCCAGGCUGUUCUCUCCGCGCUGUUCUCCACUCCUCUCAACCCGUUGCUGGGCAGCGCUGUGUUCAUCAUGUCUUACGCGCGCCCUGUCAAAUUUUGGGAGCGCGAUUACAACACCAAGAGGGUGGAUCAUUCAAACACCCGUCUGGCUACACAGCUUGACCGCAACCCCGGUGCCGACGACAACAACCUGAACUCCAUCUUCUACGAGCAUCUGACCCGCUCGCUGCAGCACACCCUGUGUGGAGACCUGCUGUUGGGACGCUGGGGCAAUUACACCACGGGGGACUGUUUCAUCCUGGCCUCGGACUACCUGAACAGCCUCGUCCACCUCAUCGAGAUCGGCAACGGUCUGGUCACUUUCCAGCUGCGAGGCCUCGAAUUCCGCGGCACGUACUGCCAGCAGCGGGAGGUCGAGGCCAUCACGGAGGGUGUGGAGGAGGAUGAAGCCUGCUGCUGCUGUGAACCCGGCCAUCUUCCCCGCAUGCUGAGCUUCAACGCGGCCUUCGGGCAGCGCUGGCUCGCUUGGGAAGUAGCCGCCACCAAGUACGUCCUGGAGGGCUACAGCAUCAGCGACAACAACGCCGCCUCCAUGCUCCAGGUGUUCGACCUGCGGAAGAUCCUCAUCACUUACUACGUGAAGAGCAUCAUCUAUUACGUCACCUGCUCUCCAAAGCUGGAGGAGUGGAUGGGGAACGAAGGCAUCCAGGAAGCCCUCCGGCCAUGCACCGCCCUCAACUACGCCGACAGCGACCCCACCUUCAACCUCAACAUCGAUGAGGACUACGACCACCGCAUGGCGGGCAUCUCCCUGACUUCUUUCUGCAACAUCUACCUCGACUGGGUUCAGUACUGUGCCGGGCGCAGGGAGAAAGCCGUGGACCUGGAGUGGAAUUCCCGCCUGGUCACCCUGUGCUUCGGGCUCUGCAUCCUGGGCCGCAGAGCCCUGGGAACUGCCUCCCACAGCAUGUCAGCCAGCCUGGAGCCCUUCCUUUAUGGCUUGCAUGCCCUGUUCAAGGGCGACUUCCGGAUCACAUCGCCCCGGGACGAAUGGGUCUUCGCCGACAUGGACCUUUUGCACCAGGUGGUGGCACCUGGCGUGCGCAUGUCUCUGAAGCUGCAUCAGGACCACUUCACCUCCCCGGAUGAAUACGACGACCCAGCGGUGCUGUACGAUGCCAUUAAGUCCAACAAGGAGAAAAUGGUGAUUUCCCACGAAGGGGACCCCGCUUGGCGCAGCGCCAUCCUCACCAACACGCCCGCCCUGCUGGCCCUUCGCCACGUGAUGGACGACGCCAGCGACGAGUACAAGAUCAUCAUGCUCAACAAGCGAUACUUGGGCUUCCGGGUCAUCAAGGUGAACAGGGAAUGCGUGCGAGGCUUAUGGGCUGGACAGCAGCAGGAGCUGGUCUUUCUCCGGAAUCGGAACCCGGAACGCGGCAGCAUCCAGAACGCCAAGCAGGCGCUCCGCAACAUGAUCAAUUCCUCCUGCGACCAGCCGAUCGGUUACCCCAUCUACGUUUCCCCACUGACCACGUCUUACGCCAGCAGCCACCCUCAGCUGCGCUCGCUCUGGGGCGGCCCCAUCAGUUUGCACAACAUCUCCAGCUGGGUCAUCCGGAGCUGGGAGAGGUUGCAAAAAGGCUGCGGAGCCGGCUGCAACAGCGGAGGCAACAUUGAGGAUUCAGACUGUGGUGGGGGCUCCUCUCUCAGCAAUAACCCCCCCGGGCACAGCGCACAGGGACCCGGGAGCACGGCUCACAACGCUGGGCCGGCAGCUGCCAACCCCACUGAGCCGGGGGCCGUGGCUGUCCAAUCUCAGGCAGAAUCCGAUCCCAGCCUUCCUCCUCCGAGCCAGUGCUGGCUGGUCCAGCCCCAGACCGACGGGCAUCCCGCGCCGACCCCCGCUGCAUCCUGGCCACCAGGCCCACAUUUCCUGGGAAGUCAGCUUUCCUGCUCCAGCUCCCUGGCGUCCGUGGCUGAGGGCACAGGACGUACCCCUCUGCCCCUCCGCCCCAGCCUCGGGACUCUCUCGCCCUUUGUCUACGAGGGCCUCUGUAGCAAGUGGAGCCUGCCAGCUCGCAAAGGACUAAACGGGUUAGGGGGCAGCGAGAGCGAAUUCCCACCUGGGACUCCGCCACCCCACACAAAGGACAGCUCCUCAAUAGCAUCUAAUCCUGUUGCCACCUUGGGGACACUCAGCAUUGGAGGGAGCCCUAAGCCUCAGGCUCCCAUCCCAGGACCAGUCCCCGAGGCUGCCACCAGCACCCCCAGCCCACUGCCUCUGGAACCCCCCUCCGCUGCCCCCCAAGAAGACUGUGUGCCCCCCGAGCCUGACCCUGUGGUGGCUGAAUGGGGCCUGCAGCGAGAGGACGAGGACAGCCCCGCGGCUGGACAGCCCCUUCUGGAUCAUCAGUACUGAAUUAGAAGUGGGGGGACACACGCUCUGACGUCACACAGAACUACGGGCUGGUCCCGUUUGACUCUUCCUGGCUUCCCCCAAGUCACCCCCCCCCCAAUUUCCACACCAACCAACCCGAUCCAUCUUUUUUGUCUGCAAGAUCAAGGACAACCAAUACAGGCUAUUUUCUGCCUGGCCUGCAGUUUCUUCCAUUUGCACCACCCCCCCCAAAAUCUUCCACUCGCCUGCAGGGGCAGGCUCCCCCCCCCACACACACACAAAUCACAAGGACCCGCCUCGCUGGCUCACUCUGUGUCCUUAACCGGGUGACGCUCUCAAGGCUUCCCCUCCCCCCCUUUUUUUUCUGCUCUUGUCAUCCCUCGGGAUUAAUAAUAAUGAUAAUAAUU